UGUGGAGUGGGGUGGGGUGGGGUGUGUUGACCCAGAAACAACAGCAAAAACGUUAGGGUUGAAUUUUUCCUGGACUAGUAACUUAGGAUUGACCUUCUGACCCAGGAAAUAUUCAACCCUAACUUUGGGUUGACCUACUGACAGCAGUCACCAGCAUGCCCACCAGGAGGCAGCGUAGAGCACAUCGGUGGCUGCUGGGCCUUCUCCAUUCUUCCUCUUCUUCACUCACUGCUGCGUUGUUCAGCUGGUGGGGGUGGCAGUGGUGGCAGCAGGAUUCUCCCUCCCUCCCUCCCUCCCUCCAAGCCAAGAGCUGAUGCCCCAAGCGGAAGGAAACUCCGAGCAUCUGCCUGGCUCCCCCCAGACUCUCUGCUUUUAGUAACAGCAGGUCUCUCCGCCCCUCACUUCCACUGGCUCUCGUUCCUGUGCUUGGAGAGGAAGAGACCCAGAAGAAGCGAGGGAUGGAGGGAGGGAGGAUGCUGCUGGCUGGAGAUGAGUGUGGAAGGUCAAGAACAGUCCAAGUUUUUUUUAAAAAAGAAGUUACAAACUUAGAUGGAAAUCCUGCACCCUUUUCUAGCUCCAUUAUGGGGGAGGGAGGGAGUGUCCCAGUAGUGGGCUGUGAAGAGCCUGCAGCUUUUGCAGAUGGCUCCGCAGGAACUCCCCCAGGAGUGACUCCAUGAAGGGCAAGUCCCCCAAAGGGAGGUUCUGGAAAGAAACUGUCACAUACUGCCAGCUCCAGCUCCAGCUCCCGCGGGACUUCGCCAACUUCCCGCCAGACCUCGGGGAGGCUUGGAGACGAGAUCUUGGCCAAACCUGAGAUCUCACAAAGAUUGCUCUGUCUGCUGGGGGAUUUAUAACAGGCAGGUGGCCUAAGAUGAGAGGCCAGACUGGGAGGAGGGCUCAGAAGCAAAAGAGCCCUAUGACCCCUGGGAGAGCUGGCAGUAGGCGAAUGAGGGGUUUGUGAACAUAACAAGUCCCUCCACGGAGGCUAAGGUCCCAGUUCCAACAAUUCUCUGAGCCCCACCUGCCCCAAAAGCCCCAGGUCGGGAGUCGAGAGUGCACACCUGAAGAGGGACGUGGGGCCAUGCUUACAGGCUUACAAUCUCACGUCCAAGCCAGACACAUCUUGUAUGAAAGGAAACUGCCCUUCCCACCACACUACCCUGCACCUUAAGGGUCCCAGUGAAUAUGGGCUUGUGGGCCAGCCCCCACCAACAGGCACAGUUACCAUCCACAUCCCCAGUGAACUGGUGUGACUCCACAGACCAAGACAUGGGUGACAGAGCAUUCCUUCCUCCCCAAAGUUUUGCCCAGCAGCCAGGCGAGGUUUUGCCAUUUGGCAGCAAGCCGGCUGUCUUGCUGAUGGAUUAUUGACUGGUGCUGUAACCAAUCAAUGGUAGCCAGCCUUCAUUCCAAAAGACGGUGUCCCACCCCUCUCUGUUUCUUUUUCCAUUCCAGGUCUGAGUACUGCAAAGCAGAAGAAAGAAAGAGCGGAGAUCAGGAACCAUUGAGUAGAGGGCCUUCCUCAACCCAGCCCAGGACAUUCCCCAACACUUGCUGGGUUGCCAUGAUGCUCUGCUCUAGAUGAGCUUCCGUGAGCUGGAUCACCAGCCCUCCUCACACGAUGAAAUCUAAGAUUUCUUCCUCCAGCAAAAUGAAGCCAGCUCUGCCAAUUAAUCUAAUAGCAGCAGUCCUGCACGUGGCCGUGUCCAGAGUCAACCAGCUGGACCCAGGGACCCAGAACGAGAACAUUGAGGCGCUCCAGAGGAUGAUCAGGGCUUUGCUGGAGAACACCCCCUCUGUCUGGAACUUAAUCAGCAUCUUGAAGGUCAUCCUUGUCUGGACCCAGUUCUUGUCCGCCGUUACGGAAGAUGUCAAAGACGUCAGGUCGCAGGGUGGUCAACUCCUGUCCUAUGAUAAGGACGAGGCCGUGGAAGCCGUACUGGAAAUUAUGGAGGAUGUCAAGAAGCAUCCGGACCCUGAGUUCCUGCUGAGGUUAAGCAUAGACACCGUCACGGAACUCACCAAAAUGAAGCUGCCUAUGCCCUUCAGUCUCAAGGCAGCAGUCCUCAACGUGGUGGUGUCCGGGCUGAACCAAGUGGACCCAGGGACCCAGGAAAAUUCUUCUUGGCCUUUUUUCUCUUGCGAAGAAAACGUGAUACCACUGAGAAAAUGGCAUCCUUCAAGAAGAUGCUCAGGGGGCUGCUGGAGGAUGCCCCCUCUAUCCAGGACACAAUUGGCAUCUUGAAGGAGCUCCACAAGUACAUCAACCCGUAGAAGCCCCGGCUGCAGACUCUGGGCCGAGAAGCCUACAUUGAUGCUCUGGCUCACGAGGCCAGACGGCCAAUGUGGAACUGGCCACAUGGAAGGUUUUCUUUCGCAAGGCAAAGGAAUUGGAUCAUCAUGACAUCCAGAGCACCAUCAAAGAUGGCCUCAUCUUAGAGGAUUUCCAUGAAAAGGAGGAGUAUGUCGCAUCCCGCAUUUCCUUCCUCUUCUUUUUAAUGCUAGCAGCCUAAAUCUAGGAAAAUAUCUGCCUGGAGGAAUUAUAUGUUUUUUUAAAAAUACAUAUCAUACAUAUUACAUAAUUGUUUUUAACAAUGA